UAGUGGGGCCAUCACAAAUUUGUGUGUGUGUGUGGAUGGUCCUCUUCCAUUUUUAUUCUUUUCAUGUUAUGUAUAUUAUUUUGUAAAACUUUUGUUUCAGUUAUACACAAACAGGUACUGAGUAAUGGUGUAAAAAUGUAUUUCUUUCUGUAAAUUAUGGCCAUUGCUUAGAAAGGAGAAACAAAAUAACUUGUACAAGUUGAAUUAGUAAAUGGAAAAGGUGAGAUUGUCACUGACUGACUUCAUGGCCUGUGUUCUUCUGUACUGUCUUUCAUUUAACAAUUCUGUGAGAUGACCAGGGGUAACUCUCUUUUUAGUAGAUGCUUGAUGUAAGACCUUAGAGGAUAAACAGUUUGCCUUAGAUCUGAAGGCUGUCAAGUAGCAAAUUAGAUCUAUUUCUCACUUCUGUGGUCUUUCCACACUGCUGUUAGGGAACUGAGUUUUCUCUAAUCUACUAUAGGUCCAAAUUAUGCUGUAGCUGAAAAAACAGUUACUGUACAGUUAACACAUUUCGUGUCUCAGAGGAGGCUGAGACUACAUUUCAGUGGUGACUCUUAUUCAAGAUUAGUAAAAGGAAAACUUUAUGGUACAUCAGCAUGUUACAGUCUGAAAUCCCACAUCCAGCUCAUCACCACCAUUUUACCAAUCCGCCCUUAACUGAACAUCAUAACUUUUGGUAAAAUCAGUUAAAUUAUUAUGACUAUGUAAUACUAUUCCCUGCUGAGCUGUGGAUAUAAUGUGAUUUUUUUUUUUCUUUCUGGUACAAUUUUUUUUCUGGAUUUAAUAAUUGCUAUUUAUUUAUUUAUUUAUUUAUUUAUUUAUUUAUUUAUUUAUUUGCUAUUGGUAGCCAGUUCUUCCCACACUUUCCAUAGCCUCAUAAUAACAGUUUUCCACAAAGUCAGACCUAUUAGACAAUCUGUUAUUUCUUUUUUACCUAGAGAUCACCCUCCUGGGUCCUCCGUUGUCAUUGUCUCAUUCAAGCCUAGACUUUUUGUGAUCACUAGGGCUGCUACUCAAGUGUCAGCCUGGGAUUUCCCUUCUCUAUCAUUCUGGGAAUUUCCUUUGCCGCUUCCUGGCUUCCAUAUUGUCCUCUUUCAUGGAUUACCCCAUCAUUUGAUAGAACAUAUCCUCCAGUUUUCCAGUAGCUUCCUGAGAAAGGGGUCCAUGAGAGGUAAAUUGCAUGAGGAAUUACAUAUCUAAAAAUAUCUCCAAGGGGAGUUCCCUGGUGAGGCAGUGGUUAAGAAUCUGCCUGCCAGUGCAGGGGACAUAGAUUUGAUUCCUGGUCUGGGAAGAUCCUACAUGCCGCGGAGUAACUAAGCCCAUGUGCCACAACUGUAGACAUUAGCUCUCUGUGCUCUAGAACCUGUGCUCCACAACAAGGGAAGCCACCGCAAUGAGAGCACCGUGCACUGCAACGAAUUGUAGCUUCCGCUCGCCGCAGCUAGAGAAAGCCCAAGCACAGCAAUGCAGCCAAUAAGUAAAUGAAAGUAAUUAAUUAAUUAAAAAUAUAUCUUUAGGGAUGUGUAUAGAGUUUGAGGAAAUAUUUUUUUCCCUAGUAUUUUUAAAGCAUUGUCCAAACGGACUUCUAAUUCCCAGGUUUGGAGAAUUCUACUGCUAUCCUGAUUGCUAAUCAUUUGUGUGUUUUUAAAGAUCAUCUCUUCAUCAUUGGUGCCCUGAAAUUUCAUAGAAAUGGGUCUUGAUGUGGGUCUUUUUCUUUCAUUCGUUAUUUUGGGAUAGGACCUUUAGAGCUUUCGUCCUUUAGUUCUGGAAAAUUUUCUUGUAUUUGUUCAAAAAUGUUCUUCCCUGUUCCAUUUUCUCUGUUCUCUUCUUCUAAAAUCCUUAUUAUUUGGAUAUUGGACAUAUCCUGAAUUAAUUCUUUAAUUUUAAUUUUUCUUUCCUAUUGACCUUUGCUUUGAGUUUUUCUCUUUUUUAAAAUAAGCAAAUAUAUAUAUACAUACAUACUUACACAUACAUAUACAUACUUUUUUCUUCCAUUUAUAACACAGAUAAUACAUGUACUGUGUACAUUUCUACACAUUACUUUUUUCAAUUAGCCUGUUGUGCUUUUUCUAUAUUAUAGUAAGGAGCUGCCUCAUUGUAUGACUUUACCUUGAUGUAUUUAUCCAGUCUGCCCUAUUAGCUGAUGUUAAGGUUGUUUUUAGAAUACAGUUUAUCUAUUCAAACAUAUAUGAGAAUAUAGAUAGGAUAAAUUAUUUUUAGUGUGCAUUUGCAAAUUGUAAUUGGAUAUUGCCAGAUCUCCCUCUUUGGGGAAAUAUAUUCUUAUAAGCUAUGUGUCACAGUGCCUGUUUUCCUACACUUUCUUCAGUGCAGUAAAUUAUCAAACACCUGGAUCUAUGCUGGACUGACAGGUGAAAAUUAGUAUUUCAGUGUAGCUUCAAUUUGCAUUUUACUGAGUGAGGUUUGAGCAUCUUUCCAUAUUUGGAAGGAUCAUUUAUAUUUCUUUUUUUGAGAAAACUCCAUUGCUAUCCUUUACCUGUUUUUCUUAUUAGCAUGUCAGGUUAUUCUGACUCAUUUAUAGAAGCUCUUUAAUGUUAGGGAAAUGAGCCCUAUAGUAAGAUUGCAAGUAUUUUCCCCAGUUGGUCAUCUAACUUUUCUGCAUUGCAGAAACUAUCAUUAUCAACUGUUUUUUUUAAUGAAAAAAUUAUCAAUUGUGGGACUUCCCUGACUGUCCAGUGGUUAAGACUCCUCACUGCCACUGCAGGGGGUGUAGAUUCGAUCCCUAGUCGGGAAACUGGGAUCCUGCAUGCUGCGAGGUGCAAAAAAGAAGAAAAAAAUUAUCAGUGCUCUUCAUUGCAGUGCUCAGGCUUCUCAUUGCGGUGGCUUCUCUUGUAAGGCACGGGCUCUAGGCACAUGGGCUUCAGUAGUUGUGGAGCGUGGGCUCAUUAGUUGUGGCUCAUGGGCUCUAGAGCACAGGCUCAGUAAUUGUGGUGCAUGGGCUUAGUUGCUCCGCGGCAUGUGGGAUCUUCCUGGACCAGGGAUUGAACCCGUGUCCCCUGCAUUGGCAGAUGGAUUCUUAACCACUGUGCUACCAGGGAAGCCCUCCCAUAUGUAUUUGAGUUCUGUUUCUGGGCAUUUGUAUUUUCUAUUAAACUUUUUCUCUGUCUUUGUAUAGAACCCCACUGUUUCAAUAACUGUAACUUUAUAAAAUACUUAAUAUCUGAUAAGGUGAGUCAUCCUUUGUUAGUCUUAUUUUUCAGAAUUUUGCUAGCAAUUCUUGAUUAUUUUUCUUCAUAAAUGUUAUAAUCAACUUAUUGUAUAGCUGGAGAAAAGUUUUUUUUGAUCGUGUUAAGUUUAUAGAUUAACAGGGACAAUUGAUAUCUUUAAUUCUUCCUGUCCAAGAAUGCUGCAUAUUCCGUUUGCUGAAGGUUUUUUAUUUUGUAUUUUUUGGAAGUGUUUUAAAAUUUUCACCUCUCAUGUUGCACAUGUUUUGUUCAGCUUAUUUCUAGAUAUUUCAAAGAUUUUUCUUUUUGUUUUGUUGUUUUUGGUUUUUGUUAGUAUUGGUGGAAUAUGAUAUCUUCUAACUCAUUGCUGUUGGGGCUAUGAAACAUAUUUUUUUUAAAUUGAGAUAUAAUUGACAUAUAAUAUUGUUUUAGUUGUAGCUGUACAACAUAAGGCCGUUGAUUUUUUUGUACAUACAGUAUGUUUUAUACUGAUCAUCUUAAUUUCCUUAGUGUUUGACAUAAUUUUCUUCAAUUAUCAUAAGCUUUCAAAUCAUCUCAUCUGCAAAUAUCUCUUUUUAAAUUUCUAAAUUUUUAGAUCUCUUUUCUUUCUUUUGUUUGAAUUGGUGAAUACCUCUAGAACAAAGCUGGAAAAUAAUAGUAAAAGUAGACCGCCUUGUGUUGUACCUGACUCAAAGGAGAAUGCCCUCAGUGGUUUUUCAUUAAACAUGGUUGACUCUUGGGUUUAGAUAAACAUAUUUAUCAUAGUCAGAAUUUAUCAAGUUUAUCAACUUGUUCCUGUUUUAAAGAGUAUUUAUGUCAAAAAGAGGUGUUAAAUUUUGCCAGUUUCUGGCUCAGCAUCAAUGAGCAAGAUCUGUAUGAUUUUUUUUCUUUUUUUUAAAUCAUAUUCUUCAAUGAAUCAUUGAUUUCCUAAUUUUGAACUAUUGACAUUCCUGCAAAAACAGCUUCACAUGGUCUUGUAUUUUGUAUUUUUCUUGAAUGAACUAUUGAAAUUUAUUUGAUAUUAUUUUGAAUUUUUUCAUUGAUAUUUCUAAGUUAUUUCUAAAUGAGAUUAUAUAUGAGGUAUAUGUGUUUCCUUUGUAUGUAUGCUAUUUAUGGUAAGUUUUGUUUGUCAGUGUUUUGUUUUGCUUCAUGGAAAGAAUUGAAGUUUACCUAGGAAAUUUUACAUUUCGUUUAGGUUUUCAAAAUUAUUUAAAUAGACUUGAGGAAAAAUCAUCCCUUAGGAUUUUCUUACAUAGCUAUGAAUAUUUCUUAUUUUAUAUAUUUAAGUCCUUUUUCCUGUUUACGUUGACUAACCAUUUAUCUAUUUCAUGAUUUGUUGCUUUUUUCUUCCAAAGAACCUGCUAUUGUAUAUUUAUUAGUUCUGUCAUUUUUCAGUUUUUGUUAAUUUCUCUUUUAUUCUUAUUCUUUUUUCUGCAUUCUUUAGAUUUAUUUUGUGCUUUUUCUAUCUUCCUGAAUUGAAUGUUUCAUUUGUUUAUUUUCAUUCUUAAUAUGUAUUUGCUAUGAAUUUUUUAUAAGCACAGCUUUAGGCAUAUCCUAUAAAUGUUUCUGUAGGUAGCUGUAUUAGUUAGUGUGUGGUCUAAGCUACUCUGACAAAGACAUAGCAAAAUUCAUUGACCAUGUAAGUCACUUAAGACACAGAAGUGUCUUUCUCUCACCUUUCACAUUCCAGAAGUAGACAGGGGGACUUUUCCUCAUCAGAGACCAAGUUCCUUUUUUCUUACGGCUCUGGCAUCCUGACAGUUGUCCUCGUCUGCUUGGUCAGAGAUGGCUCUCAUCACUGGGUUCUGGUUCCAGCCCCCUGGGAAGGAGGAACAGAGGAAAUAGUUACAAACAAUUUAUUUUCCAAAGGUUGUGACCCAGAAGUUACUCUCAUCACUUUUGUUCACAUCCCAUUGACUGGAAUUCUUCGUAUGAUCACACCUAGAGUCUCAGCAACAUAGUCUCUGAAUGGACAGCUUUGUGCUCAGCUAAAAGAAAGUGGGGGAUGUUCUAUACUAAAGGUAAUUCUGACUCGAAGGACAGAAGAGUUUUUCCUGCUGAGCAAUGGAACACUUGAAGGCUUACGACAUCCGAUUACGUAGGGAACAUUUGAAUAAAAAAAAUGAGACGCCGAUUAUUGCUGUGAUGGUGGCCCUGUCCUCUCUGCUAGUGAUCGUGUUUAUUAUCAUAGUUUUGUAUAUGUUAAGGUUUAAGAAAUACAAGCAAGCUGGGAGCCAUUCCAAUUCUUUCCGCUUAUCCAAUGGCCGCACUGAGGAUGUGGAACCCCAGAGCGUACCACUUCUGGCCAGGUCCCCAAGCACCAACAGGAAGUAUCCGCCCCUGCCUGUGGACAAGCUGGAAGAAGAGAUUAACCGGAGAAUGGCUGAUGACAAUAAGCUCUUCAGAGAGGAGUUCAACGCUCUCCCUGCUUGUCCUAUCCAGGCCACCUGUGAAGCUGCCUCCAAGGAGGAGAACAAGGAAAAAAACCGAUAUGUAAACAUCUUGCCUUAUGACCAUUCUAGAGUCCAUCUAACACCAGUUGAAGGAGUUCCGGAUUCUGAUUACAUCAAUGCUUCAUUCAUCAAUGGCUACCAAGAAAAGAAUAAAUUCAUUGCUGCACAAGGACCAAAAGAAGAAACAGUGAAUGAUUUCUGGAGGAUGAUCUGGGAACAAAACACAGCCACCAUCGUCAUGGUGACCAAUCUGAAGGAAAGAAAGGAGUGUAAGUGCGCCCAGUACUGGCCAGACCAAGGCUGCUGGACGUAUGGGAAUAUCCGUGUGUCAGUAGAGGAUGUGACUGUACUGGUGGACUACACAGUGCGGAAGUUCUGCAUUCAACAGGUGGGUGACAUGACCAACAGAAAGCCACAGCGCCUCAUCACUCAGUUCCACUUUACCAGCUGGCCAGACUUUGGGGUGCCUUUCACCCCAAUUGGCAUGCUCAAGUUCCUCAAGAAGGUGAAGGCCUGUAACCCUCAGUAUGCAGGGGCCAUCGUGGUGCACUGCAGUGCGGGUGUAGGGCGUACAGGUACCUUUGUCGUCAUUGAUGCCAUGCUGGACAUGAUGCAUACAGAGCGGAAGGUGGACGUGUAUGGCUUUGUGAGCCGGAUCCGGGCACAGCGCUGCCAGAUGGUGCAAACAGACAUGCAGUACGUCUUCAUAUACCAAGCCCUUCUGGAGCAUUAUCUCUAUGGAGAUACAGAACUGGAAGUCACCUCUCUAGAAACACAUCUGCAGAAAAUUUACAACAAAAUCCCAGGGUCCAGCAACAAUGGAUUAGAGGAAGAGUUUAAGAAAUUAACAUCAAUCAAAAUCCAGAAUGACAAGAUGCGGACCGGAAACCUUCCAGCCAACAUGAAGAAGAAUCGAGUUUUACAGAUCAUUCCAUAUGAAUUCAACAGAGUGAUCAUUCCAGUUAAGAGGGGUGAGGAGAACACAGACUACGUGAACGCAUCCUUCAUUGAUGGCUACCGCCAGAAGGACUCCUACAUUGCCAGCCAGGGCCCUCUUCUCCACACAAUUGAGGACUUCUGGCGAAUGAUCUGGGAGUGGAAAUCCUGCUCUAUCGUGAUGCUAACAGAACUGGAGGAGAGAGGCCAGGAGAAGUGUGCCCAGUACUGGCCCUCUGAUGGACUGGUGUCCUAUGGAGACAUCACAGUGGAGCUGAAGAAAGAGGAGGAAUGUGAGAGCUAUACCGUCAGAGACCUCCUGGUCACCAACACCAGGGAGAACAAGAGCCGGCAGAUCCGGCAGUUCCACUUCCAUGGCUGGCCUGAAGUGGGCAUCCCCAGUGAUGGAAAGGGCAUGAUCAGCAUCAUUGCAGCCGUGCAGAAGCAGCAGCAGCAGUCAGGGAACCACCCCAUCACCGUGCACUGCAGUGCGGGGGCAGGACGGACAGGGACCUUCUGUGCCCUAAGCACAGUCCUGGAACGGGUGAAAGCGGAGGGGAUUUUGGAUGUCUUCCAGACCGUCAAGAGCCUGCGGCUGCAGAGGCCACACAUGGUCCAGACACUGGAACAGUAUGAAUUCUGCUACAAGGUGGUGCAGGAAUAUAUUGACGCGUUCUCAGAUUAUGCCAACUUCAAGUGAGAGGCGAUGCAGCCUCAUGGACAGGAGAAUUGCCUUUAAUAUUUUGUAAUAUUCUGUUUUGUUAAUAUACCCAAAAUUGUGUAUAUAUCUUACAACUGUUUUAGAAAUUGGUACAUAGGCUUCUAUUACCUAUUAGGUGGAGAUUUUAUAUGUAAAUGUGUUAGCACUGAUAGUCCUUUUCCAAUGUUUUAUUGGGGAAUUAAAUAGUGUGAUGUUUGGAUUGAUAUCAUGAAAUCCUCUGCCUGGAAAUUGGGCUCUAUUGUUCUUUGGUUUAUACAUCCUUUCCUAAAGAAGAAACACCAAACUCAUCCCAGGUAGUUAGGCAUUAACUAAGAAAAAAAGCACAAAGUUAUCAGAGAUCUUGAGGAAAUUGGUUGUCCCAGUGCCCCUAGUUCAGACCGCUGUCCCCUCCCAGCUCUGUAAAUAAUCUCUCCCCUCUCCACCCUUGCCCCCCUUCUCAUACCACCCACAUCCCACCAUGGCAAGUAAAGGGACCAGAGUGGUAUCCCUGGCACCACACUAGGGAUUAUCAGGUAAUAAAAGCUUUGACUCCCUGA